AUGUUACCCAAGCUUUCCAGUCUGCUUUCGAUUGGCCUCCUGGCCAGCGGAGCUGCAUCCGCGGCUUGCAUCAGAAAGGGCUUCGUCACGGUCAAGGGCACCAAGUUCCAGCUCGAUGGCGAGGACUUCAAUUUUGCUGGUAGCAAUGCCUACUACUUCCCCUUUGACAACAACCAAACUGAUGUCGAGGCCGGUUUGACAGCUGCCAAGGAAGCUGGACUGAAAGUCUUCCGCACCUGGGGCUUCAACGACAAGAAUGCCACUUACACCGCCGGCGGCCUGCCUCAGUACGGCGGCGAGGGCGCCGGUGACACCAGCGUUGUUUUCCAGACGUGGAACAACGGCACUUCCGUUAUCAACAUUGAGGCUUUUGACAAGGUCGUCAACGCCGCUGAAAAGGUCGGCAUCAAGCUGAUUGUCGCGCUCGUCAAUAACUGGGCCGACUACGGUGGCAUGGACGUGUACACGGUCAACCUGGGCGGAAAGUACCACGACGACUUCUACCACGUCCCCGUAAUCAAGGACGCCUUCAAGCGCUACGUAAAGACGAUGGUCACCCGAUACAAGGACUCGCCGGCCAUCAUGGCCUGGGAACUCGCCAACGAGCCCCGCUGCGGCGGCGACGCCGUCCGUAACCUGCCCCGAAGCGACGACUGCACCCCGGAGCGCCUCGGCACCUGGAUCGCCGAGCUGAGCGCCUACGUCAAGUCCCUCGACAAGAAGCACCUCGUGACGUGGGGCGGCGAGGGCGGCUUCAACAUCGAGUCGGACGACUGGGCGUACAACGGCGCCGACGGCAGCGACUUUGACCACGAGCUGGCGCUGCCCGACGUCGACUUUGGCGUGUUCCACUCGUACCCGGACUGGUGGAGCAAGACGGUCGCGUGGACGGAGCAGUGGAUCCGGGACCACGCCGCGUCCGGGCGCAAGGUCGGGAAGCCGGUCGUGCAUGAGGAGUAUGGCUGGUUGACGGCCGAGGCGAGGCUGGCGAACCUCGGGGUGGUGGACGAUACCCCGCGGACGGAGGUUCUGGGCAAGUGGCAGGCGAUUACGCUCGAGGAGGAGAUGCCGGAUCUGUAUUGGCAGUUUGGCUUCUCGCACUACUCGUAUGGCCGCAACCAUAAUGAUGGGUUCACCAUCUAUUUGGAUGAUGCCGAGGCCCAGCCGCUGGUUUACGAGCAUGCCGCCAAGGUCAACGCGCUCUAG